AUGACAAUAGGUAUUCUGUCAGCAUUAUCUGAGACGAAACAAGCAAAGCAAAUUGCCAGCAAUUAUGAUGGAACUUUCCUGAUUCUACUGAAUAAUAAAUGUGAGCCAUUACAACCGAGGCAACAAUGGAUUGUUACGGUCGCUGUCUUCGCUUGCGCCGCAGCUGUGCCAUCUGGUGCACUGCUGGCCACAUUCUAUUCCAGUAGCAUUAUUGGCCACGACGCACCAUGGGCUACGGCCCAUGGUACGGUUCACGCUGCACCCUUGACCGUCGCUGCUGCCCCAGUGGCGGUAGCUCACGCUGCUGCUGUGGCCGUUCCUACCAUCUCUUCUGGUGACAUUCAGGCUGCUGCAAUCGACGCUCACGUCGAAACUGCCGACCACGCCCGCGCAACUGUCGACACCAUCCGUCAGAUAAACGACCAGGCCGCUGAAAUCCAAGGCAGAGCUAUCAACGCCGCUGAGGACCACGCCUGGAAAGCGGUGAACGCUGCUCAGACUGCUGCUGCUCAAAUUGACGGUGCCGCUGCGAACGCAUCUCCUACUAUCGCUCGGCAGAUCGCUGGUCAGGUGGCUCCCGUCGUAGCCGCACCUAUUGCUGCAUACACCGCUCCCAUCUUCGCUGCACCAGCUUUCGCCGCUCGCUCUAUUACUGCUCCUCUGUUUGCAGCGCACGGUGUCGCUCCUGUCAUCGCAGGCAGCCAAUCCGUCUCCACUCAGUCCUUUUCCCAGACUUACCCAAUUCCAUUUGUCCAAGUGCCUGUCGCAUACGCACGGUUGGUAAGCAGUUCAUAGCAAAAUUUUACAUUAGAUUAUAGAUUUAUAAAAAUUGU